AUGACGCCCGCCGAGGCCGCCAUCGCAGACCUCCUCCGCGCCAAGCUCCAGCCCACCGAGCUCCUGGUGCGCGACGUGUCGGGCGGCUGCGGCAGCAUGUACGCCAUCGACAUCGCGUCGCCGGCCUUCAAGGGCGCCACCAUGCUCAAGCAGCAGCGCAUGGUCAACGCCGCCCUGGGCGACGUCAUGCGCGGCUGGCACGGCGUGCAGCUCAACACGAGGGUUUCCGAAUGA